AUGAUUACCCAUGGAGAGAAGCAAAACGAGAUAUCCAAGUCGUCCAUAGUAAGCCAUGACAAUGAUACCUACGAGAAAGAUUCCAACGAUUCCAAUUAUGAUGAUUGGACAUCAAGGGAAGAGGGACUUGUUGUUCUAAAAGUAGAUUUUGUGGUUUUGCUUUUACUUACUCUUGGGCUAACCGUGUUUCAAUUUGAUAGGAUGAACCUUGCGAGUGCAUUAACUGGAGGUUUCAAGAAGAUGUACAUGUUAAUCAAGCUGAAAUCAACGUUGGAAAUGAGUUGA